CAGAACCGCCUGGUAACGUUUAUGGUCUUGCAUUUACUAAAAGCUUUUGUUCAGACAUCUUUGCGGAGUUACGAGCAGAGGCAUAAAUAGUUAUAGCUGUAUUUCCCUCUGCUCUGCUCUCAUUUCUGUCUACAAUAAUUCUAUAUGGACUCAAUCGCAUUGCUACAAGAUCGUAUGAUGAGAUGACCCCUUUGUAUCUUGUAACAUUGAAGGCAGUAAGAUGCAGAACACUAUUGGUAUAGAUUUAGGCGGUGCAUCAGUCUCUGUAGCCGUUUUCCAGAGCGGUAGAGCUCACAUAAUCACUGACUCCCAGGGCCGCGAGGAAAUCCCAUAUACACAGCUGGUCUGCGACCACAGUGCAAGAGCACCAGAUAAAAAGCUGGAUCAUGGCAUGGAUAGUAUGCGUGAAAUGACAGUUGUUCUUGCUAGAGUGAAAGAUAUGGCGGAGACUUACCUUGGCAACGCUGUAAAGGAUGCCGUGAUAACUGUUCCGGCAUCGUACGGGGAUACGCAGCGUCUUACUACGAAGCAAGCAGGUCAUCGAGCUGGCCUGAAUGUUCACCGGUUACUCAAUGCACCAACAGCUGCAGCGAUAGCUCAUUGGUAUGAUUUUCCCAAGCCUGCUGGAUAUCUUAUGCUGGUAUUGGACGUCGGAGCACGUCGAGCUGAUGCCACCAUCUUUGAUAUUUCUGGCGGCUUUUUCGAAAUCAAAUCUAGUCAAGGUGACUGGAACCUUGGCGGUCAUAGCUACGACGCCAAGCUGCGCCAGUAUUUUACCUACUAUUUGCGAAAUCAAGUCAAAGAUCAUGAUCUCGAGGCUCUACUCCAAAGGUCCGAGGAUAUCAAAAAGUCUCUAACUGUUUGUGAGACUAGUACUGACCCUUGUGGUCUUAUGAUUACUCGGGACCAAUACGAAGACAUCUGCCAAAGCAUCUUCGCAAGAACAAUGCUCCUGAUUCAAAAGGUGAUUGGCGAUGCAGCCGUCCACAAGUCGUCUAUUGAGGAUGUGGUUCUCGUUGGUGGCAUCUGUAAAACUCCGAUGCUUCGAAAGAUUAUCUCGGACUUUUUCGGAUUUCUUGAAGACAAGCUAUUCGAGCCUCACUUAGCUGUUGUGCGUGGCGCGGCGCUACAGGCGGCAUCGUUCACAAGCUGUUCUCUCCUUCGUGGAUUUCUCGUCUCUGAUGUUGUUCCUAAUCCUAUCUAUAUCGAACUCGGGAAUGACCAUUCUGUACAGGUUUUGCCCCGCAACACUAAACUAAGUCGGGCUAAAUCAAUUGUGACUUUUGUACAAUCACCUUCACGUUUUCCCCAAUGUUGGAGACUGAUUGAAGGUGGAACUGAGUCCAAUCAGGUACUCGGUAAAUUUGACUUAUCUUGCUUUGAUGGAUUAAAUCCCCGCCGUCCGAUCACACUUGAGGCCAGAGUCUCUGUCGAUCUUGAUGGUAUAUUAAAUGCCGUGAUUUAUCUUGGUGAACCAAAGCAUAAUAUUUGCAGUACUCUUCAACGAGUACCCCUACCAGGGUGGUCUCAGCCGGAUGCUGGCGACACAGCAAUCCUACACUCACAAAAUGUGCUACCAGAAAGCAGUCUACACUCAUACAUGAGAUAUCUCCUGGAAUUAUGCCGCAGAUUAUCAUUUCAGGACCGGACUUUGCUAGCUGCAGCCAUUGCCCGCGUCAACAAUAUAAUCUCGACACCAGGAUUAGAUGAUGCUGAGCCGCGACUAAUGGAGUAUUUGAUUAGAACCACCGAUAGUCUGGUCAAUAACCAAACAGUCCCGGAGGCGCAAAUGUUGGACUAGGCUUGGUUGUAUAGUACUGGGAUUAUCACGUUGAUACUUCAGUGGAUAGCUUUCAUGGCUAGUCAAAUGACAUAAAAUUGUCAAAGCACAGGAUUUCUAUAGCAUCGAACAAAUCUGAGAUUCUUCAAUGUAUACAAAAUAUUGGAAAUCUAUAACUACGUUCGCUUGUAC